UUCCCUCCUUCACCUAUCUAUAAACCCCCUUUUCUAUAAAUUAGGCCCAAAUUCAUAUAAACGCCACCAGCUUCUCUGUGUAUGUAAGCAGUGCCCGUGACGUUUUUCUACGUUAUCACACGUGUUUGCCGUUAUAAUCUCCGUGAGGCUCUGGAGAUAAGUAAUGAUGAACUCGUCAGUCGACAGACAUCGUAACCACACUCAUGGGAGUUUGAGCCUACAUCCGGCCUCCUGAAGUAAAGUACCUCAAAGUUCACAGCACCAGGUGAACCGAAGCUGGCUUCCCCUCACGUUCGGUGGCUGCACAGAGCUGCUGAUAGUGCCCUUUGAUUACCGCUGUAAACUGACCCGCCCUGCCUUCGCCUAAAAUUGCAUCUAUAUAUAUACGGUAAUGGAGGCAAAUGGCGCAACUAUAGGUGGCGCAAAGGACUGAUACUGACAUACUGUCAAUGAAAAAAAUUGCCAUCACCGAAGCAAAAGAAACAGUCUGCGCGUUAAAGAAUUUUUACGACCAAAGUAAACAUUAAUUUUCAUACAAUACGAAACUAAGUAUAUGAUUAUAGUUUAGUCAAAUAUGAAUGUUUUUCAUAUAUAUUCUUUUUACCCAUAUAAUGGCCUAUGUGACCCAGCAAUAUAAUAACGAUACACGCUUUGGAUUGUUAUAAAAAAUUUGCAGAGAAUACAGUCACGUGUCAGAAAAUAUAGAGAGAUACGGAUAAAACCCAAGGCAGGUUAACUUAGUGAGUACAGGGCAAAAAGUGAUGUAACAGCAGAGCAAAAAUGUUUUCUCGUGGUUUGUUCUCGUCUCGCCGGAACUUACUACAGAAUUAAGGUGAGGCAUGAUUUGCAACACCUGCCUCAUAACUAAAGAAUCCAUACACGAAGCAGAAAAAAACAUACAUAUGGAGAAAAGUGAAGUGUCUCACUGGUUAUCACCAGCGCAGAUAUCACUAAGUGGUGAAGGUUUCCGAGGUCAUUAAUGACUCCGCGCUAAUGAUAAGCUCACUCAGCAAAUCUCGGCGUCCAGAAAGCACAGGCAACGCGCCGUAGGUCAGCCCAGGCACGUUAUUCACCAAUUAAAUUCCCCAGAAAUGAACGGAUGUCUCAGAAAGGAACUCCCCAUCUGCAGCCGCUGGUAAUCGACGGGCCGCUGCGCUGAGACGCGGAGCUUCUCGCCCGUGCAGGUUAUCAAAUGCAGCAGAAACAUCACUAAUAGGCUUCCGCUGCAGCAGUGCGGCAUGGAGAAACAGUGACCAUCUGGAGAACUUUAUCAGCUGGAGUGGGGUGAUGCAGCCAUCUGCUCUUCUUCUGCCGCGCAGGAAGUAAAACAGACAACCUUUUGAUGCCUUCUGACCGUCUUUCCUGUCUGUGAGCACAAGUACGCAGCCGGAUUCUCUUGACAGACCGAAAUAUUAGCGAAAAUGAACGAGGCCAACGGGAUCCAGCUGAAGUGCGUGUUGGUGGGGGAUACGGCCGUGGGGAAGACCGCGCUACUGGUGCGCUUCAGCUCGGAGACGUUCCCGGACAGCUACAAGCCGACCGUCUACGAGAACAUGGGCGUGGAGGUCUUCAUGGACGGCGUUCCGAUCAACCUCGGCCUCUGGGACACGGCCGGAGCCGACAGCUUCCGGCAGAUCCGUCCCAUGUCCUACCUCCAAGCCGACGUGGUGCUCCUCUGCUACUCAGUAGCCAACCACAGCUCCUUCGCCAACGUGCGGCACAAGUGGAUCGGCGAGGUGCGACAGCACCUCCCAGAGGUGCCCGUGCUGGUGGUGGCGACGCAGACGGACCAGCGCGAGGCGGGCGCGCACCGCGCCAGCUGCACGUCCUCCGCUGAGGGCAAGAAGCUGGCGCACGACAUCCAGGCCAGGGGCUACCUGGAGUGCUCGGCGCUCAGCAACCGGGGCGUGCAGCAGGUGUUUGAGUGCGCCGUGCGGACCGCCAUCAAGCAGACCAAGAGGCGACCACACAGGAGACUCUUGGAUAUAAACGCUUGCAGGAUGUUCUAGCUUCCAUUUUUCUAGAAAUGGUCUCUUUACUUUGUUUUCAAAAAUGUUCUAAAGGUGCUUUUCCUAAAUUCUGGACAGCAACACGAAUAACUUGAAAUGCUCCACGAGGGUUUUUAAUGCAAACACGCGGAAGGAGACUUUCUCAUGCUUUCGAAUAUUGAAGCGGAGCUAACAUUCUUGAGAUGUGCCGGUCGUGUUUUGUUGCAAUGUAAUGCUCAGCCGUUGCGCUAGAUGCUGUGUACGGAGUCCAAAAUCCACUUAAGAGAGCUAAAUACUGUCAUUUUGGUCAUUAUUGGGCCCACUGUGUUAUUUUGUUGCACCAUUAACGUUUGAACGUUCUGUGACGGGAUAUUCCAGGUUGUAGAGUAGUAGCUUGCCACAAAUAUAAAAAGUAGAACCGCCACAGGUUGUAUAAGUAUGAUUAGUUAACAACAACAACACUCAUUGGCAUGUAUAUGAAGUGGGACUUAUUCCUGUAUGUAGGAAUUAAAUACUAAUAGUAAUAUAGGAGUUUUAUUUAGGAACAUUUUUAAUUUUAUUUUUAAUUUGCUAUGUGAAUAUGUUUGGCUGAUGAUUGGAGUUGGUACAAUAAAAAGACCAAUCUCAAAUAUUAUUUAAAAACGCAGUUUCAACACAGUAAAUAUUAGAAUGUACAUAGUGUUUUGAGGGCCGUUCUGCUUUUAUUCAUUUUUAUAAUUAAUUUAUUCGCAUCAGUAAGAGGCUGUCGUUUGAUUCGCCAAUCCACGACACCAAGCACAUGGUGGACGCUGAAUAAAUGGGGGCACAGACACCCCUGGAUCUUGUAUUGACGGACGUCCAAUUAACGCGCAAAUCCUUAAGGGCUCCAAAGUUUAACAGAACCGUAAUCUGCUGAGCCAGGUGAUGGGUGAGCAGGAAAAAUGUAACUCUUUCAACAUAAACAUAUUUAUAUGUUUUCUUUGUUCAACAUAUAUUCCCAUUAAAUAGUGUAAAGCUGUCACAAAUUUUGUUUGGAUCCAAAAGACAAUCAACAAUAAAUUUGAUCUAUAUCUGAAUUAUCGUUAUGCAGUAUAUAGAGUAAAUCUACAUUUAUCUAAUAAAGAAUUUUCGAAGCAACUUAAAAUUGGCUAUAGUGUUUUAACAAUGUCAAAAUAAAUUUUUGCUUAAGUUUA